AUGGCCUUGCCGAUGAAGAACAAGAACGCGAUGAAGGUGAUGAAGUCCAGUGCUAUGAAGGCCAAGACUAGCAUGAAGGCUAAGGCAAUGAAGGUGAUGAAGAAGAAGGCCGUGUCAAAGAUCGCAACGGGCAAGCGCGCCAAGUCCGCCGUCUUCCGUGGGAGCAAGGAGAAGACUUCCGGUGGCCUCGCGAAGUCUCAGUUGAUGAAGAACAAGCGAGGCAAGGUUGUCAGCAAGAAGAUGCACUCUAACGGGAAGACGAGCCUGAAGUUCGUGCAGCAGUGGCUCAAUGCAGUGAUCACGGCGCGGAAGGAGCUGGGAAUCAAAGGCUUCUGUGCAGUGGGUGGCAAGAGUGCCCAGGGCAAAGCCCUGUAUGCCAAGGCGAAGGCACUUUAUGCAGCCUGA